AAUCACUAUCCACAUGUGGAGGAAGCUCCGCGGUAAUAUCACGAUAUAUAAUUUCUCGUAUUGUAUCGCGUCUUGCUUCGCAUCGAUCAAUAACAUUUGACGGGAGUGCCUCUAGGAGUAUAGCUUUCCCUGCGUGGCUCCUCAAGAAGUUCCUUCUUCCUUGAUGGACGACUGCGUUGAAACAUAGUCCACGAAGGAUGUCGAACAGUCUUUCAGCAAUAUGGACGUGGCUUUACCAAUAUAACUGCGCCCUCAUAGUAUGCGUUGUGCUAUCAACUUACGGACUUUCUAUCGGCAGGCCUAUGCUUCAAACUGGUGCAGUGCAGUUACCAUAUGCUGAAGUCCUACGAUUUGCCUUUCCCCUUUCAACCACACUACUACAGCAAUUGAUUGUGAGCAUUUUUAUACUUUUGAGCGGUUGCAUUCUCGUUUUCCUACAGCCGGUCCAACGAACAUUGCUAUCGGCAUUUUAUAAACCUAUACCCCCAACCGACACCAGGUUAGACGACUACUCCUAUGUUGAUAAUACCAAAGAAGUCCUGCGCCCAGCAUGGAACCCUGAUGAUGCUCGAGGAAUUGUUGCGUUGGCUGGGAUUAUUGCUGCUGAAUAUGCUCUGACCAGCUACGCUUUUUGCUUUGCUCCAUUGGAGAUAUAUGUCAUUUUUCGUUCGCUUGUUCUUCCGAUAUCGAUAUCGAUAUCAAAACUCGUGUUCUCAAAUCAAGACAUCUUAACAAUAACGGGGAAGACAUAUCCAUCACUUUUGCUGUCACUAGGGACCGUCGUCGCGGCUUAUCGGCAUGAUCUUCCCUGGCCAUCCGAUGCUGUUUGGUGCGCAUUUCUUUCAUCCAUACUUGGAGCCAUUUGGCCUGUUUUUACACAGUAUGCCUUUGCAAGUACUCCGGUGCCCGAGAACGACAGCAGGCACGUUGAUGGUUACUUUGAGCUUCCUAGAGGCUCGAAACCACAAGACAUGCCACAAAGCAUCUUUACCUUUUGGAAGUAUACCUGCUACGUAUCAUUAUCAUGUGUAACCCUCUUAUUUGCUGCGGUUCUUAUCUCAACAGAGUCACAACAAGUUUUUCGAAACUUCUAUGUCAACGGCGUACUCUUUCAAUGGCUCCUACUCCAGAUACAAGUUGGCUUCUUUCGCUUGAUCUUUUUCUGCACCACACUUCUGCUCAUCCGGGCAACCUGUGCGACUACAGCCAAUUUCGUCAUUGUUCAUGCAUACGCGUCACAAAUGACUGUCCUAACGUUCUCAAGUCUGUUGUUUUCGCAGAAGUUCGGGAUCACUGUCUGCAUUGCUUCCGGAAUUUGGUUCUUAAAGAACCAAAUGCAAUCCUUGGAUACUCUCUUUUCUUGGAUAGAGAAGCCGUCGCUUCCUCGACACAAAGAAUAUUUCAGGUUCUUCACUCUCCGGCGUGUACUCAUCACAGCUAUAGUUAUGGUAUUCUGCCAUACUGGUUUCCAAAUUCGAGGCUUCUAUAGGACAGAAGCCCGACCCCCUACUUUUUCCCCUCCAACGCCAGAUCAUGACGCCUACCUUGGUCCACGUGCUAGACCAGAUAUAUUGGCGAACCUAGACCUCCUGGUGGAUGAAUGCCGAGGACCUUACGAGAAACCAGAAAAGUUACGGGACGUCCGAAGCUGUAUCGACUACCUAGCUAUCCAGCAAGAUACGUAUUUCCAGGUUCCAGAGACGGGCCAAGCGGUGACUGCUACAGUUCCUGAACAAGGUCCUGAUAAUUCAAAUUGUGGAGGUCCUAUCAUUCUAUACCAUGUCUGGUGGUCUGGACCACCAUCAUGGCGCACAGAACUCUUUAUAAAAUCCUACUUCUACACUCAGAGACUUGCCUGCUCUAGGCUUUGGAUCUGGAUAAACGUCGAUCAUCACCCCGGUGCCUUAACAAACUGGAUCAAGCAUCCAAGCUUCGCGAAGUUCCUCUCAUUUAUCGAAACCGGCGAAAUCGAGUUGAAGGAGUGGCGCCUCCCCUCCCGUGUUCCUAUCUCCCCAACCAUCGACCCUCUCGACAGAGCACGCUACUACGCACAACCUGGCCAGCCAAACUCCCAGGGCGAGGUUUUUGUUGCAGAUUCAAUUGUCCGAGAUACUACAGGACAGGAGUAUAUUCAGUUCUACAAACCAGGCGAUCAAACCCAACUCGCAUUCUAUACCGUCGCCUCUUCCGACGCUGCACGCCUCAUCAUCCUUCAUCUCCAUGGAGGGGUAUAUCUCGACAUUGACAUGCUGCUUCUACGCGACAUGCGUCCUCUCCUGCUAACCGGCCGCCCGUUCUCAGAGCGCUGGGGUGCACACGCCGACCCGACACUGUACAACAAUGCUCUAGUGGCUCUCCCAGCGAACUCAAGCAUGUCAUCCUAUCUACUGACGGGCGGGACGCGGAUGGGGUUAAUGUAUCACUUCAUGAUACUGGGUAGAAUGAUGGUUAGUGAAGGCCGCAACGAGGCUGACGCUGAGCGUGGCCUGCUGAAACUCGAGAGCGCGUUCUUUGACCCCUCCUGGCCUGCUAUGGAUGGCAUGGCGACUGGGAGGUGUUUGGUGCCUUGUUUGAAGGGCUGGAGCGAUGUCUUUAAAGCCCGUAUCUCAGACGAUGAGUGGAGUGCGUAUGAUGGAGACAUGGCGCCCGAGUCGGAGCAUGGAAACAACCGGACGAUGGAGAAUUUCUUUCGCGGUGCAUGGGCGUACCAUAUGCAUAAUCAGUGGAAUGCGGUGUACGAACAAGGGUCCUGGAUAGAUGUCAUUGCGAGAAGUCACGAUAGGUUUUUUGCUGGAGCUGGAACGAAUGCAUAUGGGGAGAAGUGGGCUGGAAAGACACUUUCGCAAUAUGGAACCGAGAGUUAGAAGCACAAAUUCUCUUCAGGUCUACCUGGAUAGGUAGAUCUGAACCUUAUACCUAGACUGUUGUGUUUGGGAUAUGUACUGCCAUUUAAUGAAGACGCGAGGUUGCCGGGGUGGGAGCACGGGCACGAUUUAAUAAUAAUAUUAGGCAAACAAAAUGACUUCGAUUUCCAUGUCCACCAAGAGAAUAUAAAGGCUUUAAUUGCAGCUCUUACAGUUGUAGCUAUCCAUAGUAUCC